GUCACUAAAUUCAAUUUCCGCCGCCCAAUUUAAAACAAUCAAAUUGUGUUGAAACAAAACAACAAUUUCCGUUUGUUAUGUUUACUGUUUGUCAGAUGAAGUGUUUUCGAGGAGAAUGGACCAGUUUUUCGAGCAUUUGGAAGGGGCCAAGGCGUGUUGGUGGCCCUACAUUGCCACGUUCUUCAUUUUUGUAAUAGGGGCUAUUAGGGCGUACAUUGGAGGGGCUCAUUGUCCGAGUAGGAGUAGGAUAGAUGGGAAAAUUGUCAUUAUUACGGGAGGGUCCAGCGGAAUUGGGCUGACCACAGCCAAAGAACUCGCCAAAAAAGGGGCUAGAAUAAUUUUAGCUGUCCGCAACGCAGAACGGGGCAAAAGGGCCCUGGAAUACCUCCUUCGGGAGUGCCCCGAAGCGGAGGCCAUCAUAAAGCUGGUAGACUUGAACGACUUUGUCAGCAUUCGAGAAUUUGCGAAUCAAAUUAAUCUUGAGUACGAACGAGUAGAUAUUUUGAUAAACAAUGCCGGGAUCAUUUUCCACCCAUUUCGAAAAACAGUGGACGGCAACGAAAUGACAAUUAGCACAAAUUAUUUCGGUCCAUUUCUUCUAACACAUCUCCUUCUGAAUUUAUUGAGCAAAUCGGACAACGGCCGCGUCAUCAAUCUUUCAGCGGUGGCACAUUUGAGAGGAAAAAUUGAUUUGGAUGAUUUAAAUUCUGAGAAGAGUUUUGUCGAGAUUGAGGCUUUUAGCCAGAGCAAACUCGCUUUGACUAUGUUUACCAAGCAUAUGGCUUCGUUAUUGAAGCACACGAAUAUAACUUUCAAUGCUGUUAAUCCGGGACUUGUGAGGGGAACGCGACACUUGCGUAACUCACGAGUCACAACUUCCUUUGUUACCAAAUUUUCGGUGUGGCCGUGGAUGUGGCUCUUUAUGAAAACGCCGAAACAAGGCUCUCAAACUGUUAUUUAUGUUGCGAUAGAUCCCUUCCUUAAGAACGUGUCAGGGUGUUACUUCAGCAACUGUGAGAUACAGAAACCCUCAGACCUUGUAAACGACGUCGAAUUGUCGGAAAAAUUAUACAAGAAAACUUGCGAAAUUGUUAAAAUCGAUGGCGAAACAAUUGUGAAAAGUAUUACGGGAGAAGGGGAAAAAACUGAAUAAAAAUGCACAAUAAAAAUAUGAAAUUUA